UGGAAUUUUCUCUCCCAACUCCGGUCUUCUUCGCAAGCUUGACAUUUAAUUUCUUUGCUGCGCUUCUUGGUUUUCCUUAAUUACAUCGAUGCAAAACGGAUGCAUAUGAUCAAACGAAUUCUCUUCUUAUGCUGGAGAUCCUCCAUAUCUUGGGCUAUAUCUAGAAAUAUGCAGACAACCUCAGUAGUAUCAUGCUUGGGAAUUUUGCUACUGUUAAUUAUCAUACAUAGCUUCUCCUGUGGCUGUGUUUAUGGUAUUACCGUAGAGUGUUUUAUGUAUUGCCCAUGUCGCCGAUUCAAGUUACUCUCUGACCUGCAGGAAUCCCGCUUUAUCGAACAGGACUGAGGCAGCUGGAAGAGGGAAAGUUUAGUCUCAGAGAGAGAGAGAGAGAGAGAGAGAGAGAGGAUGGGGUGGGUGGAGCUGUUGCUGCUGCUUCUGACAUUGAGUUCAAUGGGUUCAACAAAUGUAGAAAGCGCAUCGACAAAGGAAAAUUUCACUUUACCUUCCAAUUGCACAAAAAGAUGUGGCAAUAUCAAUUUUGAGUACCCUUUCGGGAUAGACAAAGGUUGUUAUCGUCGGGGCUUUAAUCUUACUUGCAAGAAAAAUACCGACCAACCUCCAAGGCUCUUCUUGGGUGAUGGAAAACUCGAGGUCACUAGAAUCGAUUUGGAUAUUGGGACUGUGCGCGUCAAGACACCCAUUGUCACCAUGGAUUUGGAUGAGAAGUUCAUUAAUGUUCCGUUAAUUGACCUUCAGGGUUGGCCUUACUCUUUCACAUCAUCAGAACAGAAAAUACGUAACACCUAUUUUGAUUUUACAGAUAAUACAUUGCUAGUGUCUGGUUGCAACGCCGUAGCCUCUCUACUGGAUCCCGUUACUAAUGAUACUUUUGAUACUUGCGCAACUAUAUGCACUCCCAAUGGCAACAGGUAUUGCACAAUUGAUCUCUAUAAUUGGAACAGGACUUCUUUGGGGAUUCAAUUAACUCGACUCAACCAGACUGAGUUUCAUCUUGUCAAUAGCUCCAGCAUCAAAAUCUUUCUUUAUGAUACAAGAAAUAUUACUGAUGAUGAUCUCACAGAAAUAAGGAAGGGAAAAAGCACAAAAGCGGAGGUCGCCCUAUCUUGGUACAUCAAAGACCAUCCUACCUGUGAAGAGGCUAAGAAUAUGACAAACUACGCUUGCAUCAAUCCCAAUAGUGACUGCUACGACGUCCUUAAUAAUGCCUACACGAAUUAUAAUUUUGGGUACUUUUGUCGAUGUUCUCUUAAUUAUCAAGGCAAUCCAUACCUACCCGAUGGCUGUCAAGAAAUAUCUCCUACUUUUGCUCCGGACAAAGGCUGUCAAACAAAAUGUGGGGGUAUUAGCGUCUCUUUUCCAUUCGGGCUAAAAGAGCGUUGUUACAGAAGCCAGGCAUUUGCUCUUACAUGCAACGAGACAUCCAAACCUCCCACUCUCUUCUUCCACCGCUAUUACAUAGUGCACAAUAUCUCGUUGGAGGAAGGACAACUGGUAGCCAGCGCACUGAACACAACACCAACCAUUAGUUAUUUCGGUUCUUACAUUUAUUACUACAGCUACUUUUUUUCAUAUGAAACUGGACCUUUCGCUCGACUUGAACAGCAGUCCAUCUUUAGUUGGGUAAUUGAGAUUCAGCAUUGCGAGGAGGCCAGACAGAACAAGGACACAUUCGCAUGUGUCGACAAAAACAGUGUAUGUGAGGACAUUACCAAAACUUCUAACGAAGAUAGUUGGGGAUAUCGUUGCAAUUGCGCUAAAGGUUAUCAAGGAAAUCCAUACAUUGCCGAUGGAUGUAAAGAUAUUGACGAGUGCAGCGGUCCCAACAAUUACGAUUGCAAUGGGACAUGCAUAAAUACGAUAGGUGGUUAUGAAUGCCUUCCUCCUGACAAAAAACAGACAGUUUUGUUAGGUGUCAUAAUCGGUGUAAGUCUUGGCAGUGGCUUAUUGCUCUUAAGCAUAAGUUUUAUCAUCCUAAGAAGGAAAUGGAAGAUAAGAAAGCAAAAGAAAAUAAGAGAGAGACACUUCCAGCAAAAUCAUGGACUACUAUUACAACAGCUAAUCUCUUCUAAUGAAGACGUUGCUGAGAGGACAAAGAUAUUUUCUCUAGAAGAGAUAGAAAAGGCAACUAAUAAUUUUGAUGAAACUCGAAUACUCGGCCACGGAGGACAUGGUACAGUUUAUAAAGGAAUUUUGUCGGAUCAACGUGUAGUCGCCGUAAAGAAGUCCAAAAUAGUAAAGAAGAGUGAGAUAGAUCAAUUCAUCAAUGAGGUUGUAAUUCUUUCUCAAAUUAAUCAUAGAAACAUCGUAAGACUUUUUGGAUGCUGUUUAGAAACAGAAGUUCCCUUAUUAGUCUAUGAAUUCAUCUCCAACGGAACCCUUGCAGACCAUCUCCAUGUUUCAUAUGGUAAUUCUGCAUUAUCAUGGGAAGAUCGUCUGAGGAUCGCUAUAGAAAUUGCCGGAGCACUUGCCUAUCUACACUCAGCUGCUUCAAUAUCAAUUUUACAUAGAGAUGUUAAGUCAUCAAAUAUUCUUUUGGAUGAUCAUUUCAUGGCAAAAGUAUCGGAUUUUGGAACCUCAAGAUUUAUUCCGCUUGAUGAAACUCAUAUAAUUACUGCUAUCCAAGGCACCUUUGGAUACUUAGAUCCAGAAUAUUACCAGACUAGUCAAUUGACGGAGAAAAGUGAUGUUUAUAGCUUUGGGGUCAUUCUUCUGGAGCUUUUGACCGGAAAGAAACCUGUUUUCUCCAUUGAACAUGAGAACACGCAAAACCUAUCGAUGUAUUUUCUUCAAGCAAUGAGAGAGAAGCAUUCUUUUGAUCUCGUAGAAGAUCGUGUCAUGAAAGAAGGAACUCAACGAGAGCUUUUGGAAAUUAUUCAAUUGAUAGAAACUUGUUUGAAGUUGAAGGGGAUUGAAAGACCUACUAUGAAAGAAGUGGAACAUAAAUUACAAAGCUUAAAAAGGAUUAAAAAGAAGGAAGGAUAUCCCAUUCGAGAAGGUAUGGAAGAAACCGAGUAUCUGUUAAGUGAUUCAUCUUAUACUUUUUCUGAUUCAGUUGACCAAACAACUGAGGGGAUGUCUAGGAAUUAUAGCUUAGAAAAAGAAUUCUUGUGGUCAUUAUAUAAUCUACGGUGAGCUCGUAUUCUACUUAACUAUUCAUAUUUGUAUUUCUAUUUCGUAUGAUAUUACAUGUUAUGUGUAUAAUAUUGAGCAUUAAGUA